CCCAAAGUCAAAAACACAAGCAGUCCAUUACAACACCAGUCUCUAAUUCCUUCAGAUUCCAAAACAUGGCAGGACGACUGAGCAGCGCGGCGUCCAAGAUCAUGGGCGGAAACGGUGUCGUCCACCGUUCCGUGGCGUCCUCUCUCCGCCUCCGCGCCGGCAUGGGCCUCCCCGUCGGCAAACACAUCGUCCCCGACAGACCCCUCCCCGUCAACGACGAGCUCACCUGGGACAACGGCACGCCGUUUCCCGAGCCCUGUAUCGAUCGCAUCGCCGACACCGUCGGCAAGUACGAAGCUUUGGCCUGGCUCACCGGAGGUCUCAGCUGCUUCGUUGGGCUGGGCUUGCUCGCCGUCUGGAACGACAAGGCGUCCAAGAUUCCGUUUGCGCCCAAAGUGUACCCGUACGACAAUUUGCGAGUGGAGCUCGGCGGAGAACCGUAGGUUGGGCUUUGUGGGGAGCACAAGUUAAUGGGAUAGAGGUAUUAAACUGAGUAGAAGGAGAGAAUGGGAUAUAAUUGCUAGGCAGGGUAUUUCUGUGAGCAACACAGAAAAAGGUUGGAAAAUCCUGAAAUUUUGUCUCAAGACUGCAUGUGAAAGUAUGCUUACGAU